AUUGAAGUGGUGUGUUCUUAGGGAAUCUCAUCAUUUUAACUACAAAUAAUGCAAAAGUCUCCUUCCGUUUUGUGAUCCCCCAACCAGGAUAUUGAUGAACUCCCCCUAGCGGAAGUGCCUGCAGCUCAAUAAGCUACAUCGUUCGUUUGAUCAGAGUGAAUUUGUGAAAGUUGUUUCCACUGGGAAGGAGCUGCCUGGGAAUACACUGUCGACAGCUUUUCUCGCAUUUAUUCUGGAGAAAUGAGGCGGAAAGAAAAACGUCUACUGCAGUUCGCAGGGUUGCUUAUAGCGGCUCUUCUUUUCCUGCCGAACGUUGGUCUGUGGUCAUUGUAUCGAGACCGAGUCUUUGAGAACUCGCCAGAAAUAGUGGAGGGACCGGGUGGCAUCCUUCAAAUACAGGGAUUGAACGUCAGGCCUCGGAAUAAUGCCCAGCUGGGGCGGGACGGCGUGCGGCGGAAAGACUGGCACGACUACGAUGCAAUUAGGAGAGACGCUACUCGCUCUGGUAACGGCGAGCAGGGGAAGCCUUUUCCGCUGACCGACGCUGACCGGGUGGACCAGGCCUACAGGGAGAAUGGGUUCAACAUCUACGUCAGCGAUAGGAUCUCCCUCAAUCGCUCUGUCGCAGACAUCCGGCACCCAAACUGUAAACAGAAGCUGUAUGCGGAGAAGUUGCCCAACACCAGCAUCAUCAUACCAUUCCACAACGAGGGUUGGUCAUCCCUGCUCAGGACUGUACACAGCGUGCUCAACCGGUCCCCCCCUGAGCUCAUUGCUGAGGUCAUACUGGUGGACGACUUCAGCGACAAAGAGCACCUUAAGGCAUCUCUGGAAGAGUACAUGGUGCGGAUGCCCAAGGUGAGGAUCUUGCGCACCAAGAAGAGGGAGGGGCUCAUCAGGACACGUCUGCUGGGGGCGGCAGCCGCCAAGGGAGAGGUCAUCACUUUCCUCGACUCGCACUGUGAAGCCAACGUCAACUGGCUGCCCCCGCUGCUGGACCGUAUCGCCACAAACAGGAAGUCCAUUGUCUGUCCGAUGAUCGACGUGAUCGACCAUGACAACUUUGGUUACGAGACACAGGCCGGUGACGCCAUGCGAGGAGCGUUUGACUGGGAGAUGUACUACAAACGCAUCCCCAUCCCCUCUGAGCUGUCAAAAGAGGACUCUAGCGAACCCUUCGAGUCUCCUGUGAUGGCUGGUGGACUCUUCGCCGUGGACAGAAAGUGGUUCUGGGAGUUGGGAGGAUAUGACACAGGACUGGAGAUCUGGGGAGGAGAGCAGUACGAGAUCUCUUUCAAGGUGUGGAUGUGUGGUGGGCGUAUGGAGGACAUCCCAUGCUCCAGGGUGGGUCACAUCUACAGGAAGUAUGUUCCCUACAAGGUCCCCGGCGGGGUCAGCCUGGCCAGAAACCUAAAGCGAGUGGCAGAGGUGUGGAUGGAUGAGUAUGCCGAGUAUAUCUACCAGCGAAGGCCAGAGUACAGGCACCUGUCAGCAGGAGACAUGACUGUGCAGAAGGACUUGAGGAGUAGCCUCAACUGUAAGAGCUUCAAGUGGUUCAUGACAGAGGUGGCCUGGGACCUGCCCAAGCACUACCCACCUGUGGAGCCCCCUGCUGCUGCCUGGGGAGAGCUGCGCAACGUAGGCAGUGGUAUGUGCAUGGAGAACAAACAUUUUUCGUCUGGGUCGCCCAUCCGCCUGGAGACAUGUCUUAAGGGGCGGGGCGAGGCCGGGUGGAGCCAUGGACAGGUGUUCACGUUUGGCUGGAGGGAGGACAUCCGCGUGGGGGACCCCAUGCACACUAAGAAGGUGUGCUUUGAUGCCAUCUCCCACAACAGCCCCGUCACCCUGUACGACUGCCACGGCAUGAAGGGCAACCAGCUGUGGCGCUACAGGAAGGAUAAAAGUUUAUACCACCACAUCAGUAACAGCUGUAUCGACAGCAACCCCACAGAGAGAAAGGUGUUUAUGAACAUGUGUGACCCCAGCGUCCCCAGCCAGCAGUGGGUGUUUGAGAAGACCAACACCACAGUGCUGGAGACAUUCAACCGCAGUAACAACUGAGACCAGUAGGGGUCAGCACUGAACCUGAAUACCACUCACCCAGGGACUGUGUUGUUUUACUAAGACAGAAGUGGGCUGUUGUUUCUCUAAAAGGGUCUGGGGGGGAAAGGGGGGUUAGCAUUGGCAAGCCAGUCUAGACACAUCAGUUAUUGGGAGAUGGAGAAAGUAUGGCGCCUGAGAGGCUCGCUCUCUGUGGUGGCGGGGACUUCCUACGUCAAGGGGAUUAGAUCUGGCACGGCCAUUCUGAUGUUGCCCGUCUCACUUCCUUAUUCACGCUCCGCUCUGCUUCUCUGUGCAUCUCCCAGGUGUCUCUGCCCAUAUGUCCAUCUCCAUCACCCUGCGUGAGUGCGCCUCUUACUCAGU